AUGACGGUGAUGAACCACAUACAAGACCAUGACAUCUUCGAUGUCACCCUCAUGGGCCAUCCUGAGGCACGGAGCGUCGAUGAGUUGUGGGCGGGCAAGACAAACAUUAAAGAGCGACGCAGGCUACAAAACCGCUUGAAUAGACGAGCCUACAGGAAACGUCAGGCUGAGCAAAAGCUAACCCGUAAGAGGGCCAUGGCUGGGGCAGGUAUUGAACCAGACGACAGCCGGCGCCAUCGAGCGUCCAGACUACCGGGUGUUAGGGUCUUUACCCUCGAAGCGAAAGACAAUAUGAUAUCGAAUGGAUCAAUCACUCUGAGCUCUCUGGUAUCUGCUGCUGGGCAGCUCUCAGCACGAGCUGACAUCUCCAUGUCUUUCGAGCCACCCAAGCCGUCAAAGGGUCACCUUAAGCUCAAGCUUGUGCAGUCAUGGUGUCGGAGAUUCGAAGAGACUAUGGUCGAUAUUGGCUCUAUUGGCGUCGAAAUUCUUGGAGGAGACGUCUUAGUGACAGAUUCAGAUCCUGUCGUGUUCGAAGAAAGCCUCAUCCAGGCCGUGAACAUCCGCUACCACACCUUCAUUCCCAGCCCAGAAGAUCAGCUCCUUAACCUGGUGUAUUACAAUGUCUUCCGUGGGCUUGCCAAGAACAUCAGAGCGCUGAACCUGGAAAUGGGCUUUAUGGCUUCUUGGGGCUCUGAUAGUCCUUUCAUUACCGGGAGAGUGGACACUUCCACCCUGGCGCCAGAUUUUCAGCCGACAUACCUCCAGCGAACAGUUUCGCACCACCCAUGCUUCGACAUCUUCCCAGACUCCGUUGUGAGAGACAAUGCUAUCGAACAUUGGUAUAUCCAAAAGCAUCCACUGGAAGGAAGAUUAUGCAUGGCGCUUGCUGGCCGGCAUACCUGGCACGAGAUUGAUCUUGCUCUGAGACAUGGAUGUGUGCUGUGGGGUGAACCGGAUGUUACAGAGAGUUGGGAGGUCACUCCGGGCUUUGCAGAUGACUGGCCCUUCCUGGUCAAAGGCGCUGUUCGCCUGGAGGCUGCAACAAAUCGAUAUAGGGCGUUGCGAGGCGAGCCGCCAAUAUUCUUUGCCUGA